AUGAGCGAGCCAAUGGAUGUCCAGGAUGGCAAUAUUGACAACGCUGGCGAUGGAACGCUUUCGUCGGGCAACACGGGCAGCGUGAAUCCAUCUGUACCUGUGCUGCCACAUCUGCAACAGCAGCAGCAGCAGCAGGAACAACCCAAGAUCGAUUACGAGCAGGAGGCGCAAAAAUUGGAGGACAAGGCGGCGCGCUUCUUAGCGAAGCAGGCGCACCCGGUGAUCGUGCCGUCGUUUGCCUCGUGGUUCCAGUUCAACGAGAUCCAUGAGCUGGAGCGUCGCGCGUUGCCCGACUUUUUCAACGACUCGGUGCGGUUCAAGACGGCCAAAGCGUACAAGGAUGUGCGCAACUUCAUGAUCAACACGUACCGGCUCUCUCCGUACGAAUAUCUCACAGUGACGGCAGUGCGGCGGAACAUCGCGAUGGACGUGGCGUCGAUUGUGAAGAUCCACAAAUUUCUGGAGGAGUGGGGCCUCAUAAACUACCAGAUUGAUCCGCGGUCGAAGCCGUCGCUUCUGGGACCGGCGUUUACCGGUCAUUUUCAAGUGGUACUAGACACCCCACAGGGUCUGAAGCCGUUUGUACCGCCGGAGGUUGUUGAGCUGCCCUCAGAUGCUACAGCGUCCGCGCCCGCUUCGGGUUCUGCGGCGGCAUCCGCAGCGCCUGCAACUGCGGAGACAAACUCGACUGACGAGGAGCCGGUGCCAGGAUCGAACACAAACACAUUCAGCUCCGCACCCAAGGUCAAAAUGGAAUUUAAGCAACCGAAGCCGUUUCCCGUCAAUCUCUCACUUCGGAAAAAUGUUUAUGACUCCGUGCACGACUUCAACGCUUUGCGCUCGCAGCAGCAACAGUCCAAACAAAUCCACAAGACAUAUGUGUGCUUCACAUGUGGCAAUGAUGCUGUCGGCGUUCGCUACCAUAACUUGCGUUCCGGAGACACGAGCCUGUGCUCUCGCUGCUUCCAGGAGGGCCAUUUCGGCGCAAACUUUCACGCGUCAGACUUUAUUAAACUAGAGAAUAUGAUACACGGAAACAAGAGCUGGUCCGAUCAGGAGCUAUUGUUGUUGCUUGAGGGAAUUGAGAUGUAUGAGGACAACUGGGAGAAGAUAGUAGAUCAUAUCGGCGGCUCCAAGACGCUGGAAGAGUGUGUCGAGAAGUUCCUGACCCUGCCGAUUGAAGAUAAAUACAUCAAUGAGGUGACCCCGCAGAGCGUCAAGAGAACCAAAGGCCCUCAAGUAUUGGACACGAAGGAUGCCGUCACUGCGACCAUCCAGGCUCUAUUGAACGGUCUCAAUGACAAGGUGCUUGACGAAGACAUUCCGGAGUCCGCUAUGCAGAUAUCCUCGAAGUAUCUGGAUGAAGCCCACAUCCUCACCCAUGAUCUUGUGCAGCUAACGCUAGAGAAGCUAGACCUGAAGUUCAAACAGCUGGACGCUGUAGAAGUCGCGCUCAAAGCCGAACGCGACAAGUUCUCUCGUGAAACCGAAAAGCUGCGCAACGACAGAUUGUCGCUAAGCAAACAGGUUUCAGAUAUCAACAAAGACCUGGCUCAGCUCAACAUAUCGAAGAAACUCGUCCUACCUUCUGAGCAGGCGGAUUCCGGGGUUGCGUUAGUCGAGAAAGAAUCCGGAACGAACGAGGAAUUCAAGAAAUUGGCUCAACAAGACUUAGAAAGUGUAUCUAAGGCACAACCACAACUGUACAAGCCGUGGUCGUUGUAA